UAAAUCUGGCGCGAGAGAAGCGUGACCGAGGACGACUCUCGCGGCCGAGCAGUGAGCAUUGCCGCAGUGUUGACGUCUGAGGAGCCAGUGUGGCUGACGCAACGAGUAGUUUCACUAAUUUCAUCCUUACUGUGCGUUGAUUUGACACAUCUUCAUCAGGAUGUUGGCAACAAAGUUGUCCACAGUGUGCCGCAUGAGUGGCGUGCUGGUGAGGCCAUCCCUGUCAGCAGUCCCCAGGACACCCCUCACCCAGCUGACUCGGAACUACAGGGAUGCCGGCCGCCCAUUUACCCGCCGCUCCAGGCUGCGGGAGGCUCAGGCAAAGGUGGUGGAGACAACACAGACCACCAAGGGAAAGAUUGGCCCCAUGGAGGUGGGCCAGAUAGCUGUGGCAGGUGGUGCUGUCCUGGGGAUUGGAGCCAUUUGUUACUACGGCCUUGGGAUGUCCAAUGAGCCAGGAGCCAUCGACCGUGUAGUGGUGUGGCCGCAGUAUGUGAAGGACAGAGUGCGAGAUACCUAUGCCUAUUUUGGGGCAUCAUGUGUUGCCACAGCUGCCUCAGCAGUGGCAGUGUUCCGCUCACCUCUUGGACACCGGUUCUUUGCUCUCUGUUCCCGCCAUCCCAUCAUGUCUACAGUUGGCAUCCUUGUGGGGCUGGUGGGCACAGGGCAGGCCAUGAUGUCCAUUCCAUACUCUCCUGGUCUGGGAGCUAAACAGAUGAUGUGGCUGGUCAACUGUGGCAUGCUGGGGCUGGCUGUGGCCCCCAUUGGUGCUCUGGGUGGGGCUAUUGCUAUAAGGGCUGCUUGGUACACUGCUGGCAUUAUUGGUGGUCUGAGCACUGUGGCUGUGUGUGCACCCAGUGACAAGUUCCUCAACUGGGCAGGUCCUCUUGGUAUUGGCCUAGGGGGUGUGCUUGUUGCCUCCCUUGGAUCAGCCUUCCUCCCACCCACUUCAGCCCUUGGACUCUCCCUUUACUCCAUCUCCCUGUAUGGUGGGCUGCUCCUCUUCUCAGCGUUUCUCCUGUACGACACUCAGAAGGUGGUGCGAAAGGCUGAGACUCACCCUAACAUGUGGGGUGUUGUGCCCUAUGACCCUAUAAACAUGUCACACCACAUCGUGAUGGAUGCUGUCAACAUCUUCAUCCGCAUUGCACAGAUACUGGCCAUGGGUGGCGGUGGUAGGAGGAAGUAGUGGGAGUAUGCUGAGCGCAUGAACAUCUCACCCAGUGUCUGAAGGUGUGACCUUUAAUCUGAGUAUGAUGGGAUGAGACAGCUGCAGGAUUCAUAAGUAGCUGUUUCCAUAUUUCAUGUGUUAGCUUCUUGCACUGUGGCUGAUCUUGUAAAGUCAGUGUGGUGGUGGUGUACUGGCAGUUUCAUUGUCAAGAAGGGAGGAAACACAGGAGCUUGUAAAAGGAGGCUUUUGUCAUCCUACUGGUGUUGUUUUGAAUUCUGGUGACUCCAUCUCUCAACACUUGUCCUCUUCAAGCCAAUACUUUUAUUCUUUCAGUAAUUUUCUUAUGCAUUAGGUAUGAAAAUCUCUUGUAAGAAAUGUUCUGUAAAGCCUGGAAUUGCAUACCUUAUCCAUGAAAGGCUGGGUGAGCACUGACUAGUCUGGCUAUGUAGGCUGUAUAGUAAUAUCUGGAGGCAUGCCCAUUCAUUUUCCUCUUGACUGUACAUGAGGGAAAGAUAUCAAGGAACAAAAUUUGAGAGAAAUUUCUCUUAACUUGAGUUUUAUGGAUGUCAGUCAGGGCAGCAUACUAAUAGGAGUGGCUUGCAAGUGAGCAAUGGCAUGACACAGCAGAUACAAAUUUUGCCAUACCCACAGUAUUAUUAACACAUUUUGCUGAUGUAAAUUUCUUCAUCUGAUAGUUUACAUUACUUCUUGUGGUGUCCACCCACCCCUCAAAAAGAAAAAAAAAAAGAAAAAAGAAAA